AUUGUGGCAGAAGGGCUAAACGGGCUAAUGUCCUCAAUAGUGGAGAAACAACUAUAUAAAGGCGUGGUGAUUGGUAACAAAGGAGUCACGGUUUCACACCUACAAUUUGCGGAUGAUACUAUCUUCUUUGGAGAGGCAUCGAAGGACAAUAUUGGGGUUAUUAAAAGCAUAAUGAGAACAUCUGAGCUGAGUUCUGGUCUUAAAAUCAAUUUUGGGAAGAGCCAACCAAUAGGGAUAGGGGUAGAAGACAACUGGAGAAAUAAGAUGGCAUAUAAGUUGUGCUGCAAGGAAAGGGAGAUCCCAUUUAAAUAUUUGGGGAUCCUAAUAAGCAGAAAUCACAGAAGAGUAGCAAUGUGGCAGCCAAUGGUUGAAUCUUUUUUAAAAAAGCUAGCUACCUGGAAGGGUCGGCACCUUUCCUUGGGAGGUCGCAUCACGCUCAUUAAUUCAGUAUUGUCCAACUUACCUGUAUUCCUCAUGUCAGUCUACUUAAUCCCAAAAGGUAUACUAUACUCUAUUGAUAAGAUUUGUAGAAGCUUUUUAUGGGGUGGUGGCAGGGAAAAGAGAAAAAUAAAUUGGGUCAACUGGGUUAAGGUGUGUAAAAAGAGAGAGGAAGGCGGGCUGGGAGUGAGAGAUUUGAGGAAGUUUAAAUUGGCAUUGAUGGGAAAAUGGUGGGGAUGUCUUGUAGAAAAUGAGGAGGGAUUGUGGAAGAGAGUAGUUGUAGGCAAAUAUGGAGAGGGAGGGGGUCAUUGGUUGGACUGGAUUAAAGAAUAUAGAGGAGUAGGUUCUAUAUGGUGGAGAGAUGUAUGUUGCCUGGAUAAAAUGGAUAGAGAGAGAGCAAGAUGGCUGAUGGAGGGGUUUAGAACAAAGCUAGGGGAUGGCAAGAGCGUUAGCUUUUGGUGGGAUAAUUGGAAUGAACCAGGGAGAUGGAACCUCAAAUGGAGAAGGAAACUAUUCGAAUGGGAACCUGAAGAGGCUAGGGGACUCCAAGAAGUGAUAGAAGACAAGAUGAUCACGCAUGGAAGGCCUGAUUCGUUGGAAUGGGUUCACGACAAAGAUGGACAAUACUCGACAAAAAUAGCCUACUCAAUUCUAACAAAAGAACAGAUAGGAACAACUGAUAGUUCGACGUUCAAAAGAAUAUGGAAUCCCAGCUUUCCAAGCAAAGUUUCAGCUUUCAAUUGGCAGCUAUUGCUAAACAAAAUUCCAACCAAAUCGAAUUUGAUUACUAGAGGGAUUCUCAGAGACUCGGGUGAUGGUAAAUGCGUUCUUUGUAAUGAGGAAGAUGAAGACUCUACACAUCUGUUCUUAAAAUGCAAAACAACCAGAUGGGUGUGGCAGGAGUGUGCUAAAUGGUGAGGGAUCGAGAUUUUACUGUAGAGGGAUUGCUGGAAAUCUUUUCAGCUUUUUGGGAAAUGGAGUAAAGAUCCAUGAUUAAGAGAAGGUUGGGAUAGCAUUUGGAGUAAUGUAAUUUGGUUAGUGUGGCUUGCCCAGAAUCAAAUGAUUUUCCAAGA